AUGGUGGAUCUGGCGUGCGCGGGUGAAAUUUCGUACAAAGGUCUCGGUGGAACUCCCUUCGGACCACCGCCGAUCGCAUGGAUUCGCUCUCAAUCAGACACUCACAUGUUGAUGCUCCAGAUCUCCGACUAUCUACCAAAUUCGCUCUUCUAUCACGCUCACAAAAUGAUCUACAGAGAAAGGAUAGCUAAUUACACUGAGGAUGGAAUCCAAAAUAAGGAUGUUACCAAGGUGGAGGAUACAAACUACAUACAGGUCAGCUGA